AUGCACGCGGAGGCAGCUGCACAUGCAACGGGAGCGACGGGCGAUGGCGUUGCGGAGGCUGACGGUGAGGUGGAUGCGGAAGCGAGGACGACGACGGUGGAGGCGGAUGCGGAGGCUGACGACGAGGCAGAGGCGGAAGCGGAUGCCAAUGCUGUUGCGCCCGCGAAUGUGGUCGCAAUUGCGGAUGCGGAUGCUGCGGAGGGAGGUGCCGAUGACGACCCGUGGAGCAUCACGGAUGACAACAAUGUUCCGCUUCUGAAGCGGAGGCUGUGUCAUCGCCUACAGUCCAAGCCGAAGCGUGCCCGCGUGGUGCUCUCUGAUGACGACAGUCCUGGGGAGCAGCUUCAACCGCGCAUCUCUGUUGCAGACAAGGGGAAAACCAAGGUCGCGGAAGCCCCUGCUAAGGCCACCGUUCAUCGCCACCCAAGCACCAAGAAGCGGAAGAACGACGGCGACCCCGUAUCCAGCACGGGUGCUGCUAAGAAAAAGAAGAAGGGGCCAAACAAGGACGAUAUCAUGGUCAAUGGGGCGCUCGGCAGCAACGAUGACUACGCGGAGGCGGCAGACCCGAUUCCUUCAUUCCCUGAGAAGGCGCAGCCGAAAGACGUCACCCUCCAUAAUCCCAACUCCCGUCCACCUUCCCCUCACAGCAAGCACAGUAAGAAAAGGUGCCGUAGAUGGACCAUACGCGAGAAGCUCAAGAAGGCGCGCCACUACCAGGAGCUCGGCUCCUUGAAGAAGACUUCCUUGGAAUCUACCGCAUCUAUCGCCUGCAUCAGACGCUGGACACAGGAUAACGGGUGGAUGGAUGAGAGCGAUGUGCAGACCUGGCUGACCAAGGAGGUGCUGCCCCAUCUGAACCCUCAGCGCGGCCAGAACGCGAGGCGUGCGAUACUGGUGUUGGGCUUCUACCGCGGCCACAUCACCCAGACUAUGCUACAAUCUUACCGCACGCACAGCAUCACCCCUGCAGUGAUCCCAGCGGGUUGCACGAGCCAUAUUCAACCCCUUGACGUCAGCAUCAACCGGUGCUUCAAGGCUGGUGUGCGAGCGCGCUAUGCCAGGUGGUUCAUGUGCACCUGA